AUGUACAAGGGAAGAUUUUGCACUUCUGGUGGGAUUAAGGUUCCACUUGGAUAUGUCGAAAAGGAUCCAUCUGGUCGAUACGGGCGCUAUAGGGACAUUCUUGGGAGAGGAGCAAUGAAAACUGUGUAUAGAGCAUUUGAUGAGUUCCUUGGGAUAGAAGUUGCUUGGAACCAAGUCAAGCUUGGUGAUGUUUUUCAUUCACCUGAGCAACUUCAACGCCUUUAUUCAGAAGUUCAUCUCCUUAAGCACCUCCACCAUAAAUCCAUGAUGAUCUUCUAUGGUUCUUGGAUUGAUCUCAAUGGCAAAACCUUCAACUUCAUCACUGAAUUGUUCACUUCAGGCACACUUAGAGAGUACAGGCAAAAGUAUAAGAGAGUAGAUAUUCAAGCAUUGAAGAAUUGGACACGCCAAAUUCUAAGUGGUUUGGAGUAUUUACACACCAAUAAUCCUCCUGUGAUCCAUAGAGACCUCAAAUGUGAUAACAUAUUUGUCAAUGGACAUAAAGGAGAGAUCAAGAUUGGUGACUUAGGCCUUGCAGCUAUACUUUGCAAAUCCCAACUUGCUCAAAGUGUCAUAGGUACGCCAGAGUUUAUGGCACCAGAACUAUACGAAGAGAAAUACAAUGAGUUAGUAGAUAUAUAUUCGUUCGGAAUGUGUAUGAUAGAGAUGCUUACUCUCGAGUUUCCUUACAAUGAGUGUUCUAACCCAGCUCAAAUAUACAAGAAAGUAACAUCGGGAAAGCUACCAAAUGCAUUUUUCAGAAUCAAAGAUUUAGAAGCCCAAAGGUUUGUGGGAAGAUGUUUGGCACAUGUCUCAAAGAGACCAUCUGCUAGGGAAUUAUUGUUGGAUCCAUUUUUAGACACAGAAAAAGUUGAAGUGUCAUUGCUAAACACAACUACAAAUCAAACUCUCAAAGUUAACUCCACUCAAGCACUUGCCAAUUAUAAACAUCUUUCUAUAAGUGAUCCAUCAACAAGUACAAAUAUGAAAAUCACUGGAUCCAUAAAUGAAGAUAAUACAAUUUUCCUUAAAGUGCGGAUAUGUGAUGAAAUAGGAAAAACAAGGCAUAUAUUUUUUCCAUUUGACACGAAGAACGACACGGCUAUUAAGGUGGCAAUGGAGAUGGUAGAAGAACUUGAGAUUAGUCAUUUGGAACCAUUGGAGAUUGCUGCAAUGAUAGAUAAUGAGAUAUCAAAUUUGUUUCCAACAUGGAUGGGGAGUCAUGGCAAGUGUGAACAUCAACUACAACAUAGCUUUAACUACCAAGAAGAUGAAGAUCUUAAUAACCAUAAUCCUUUCGUCGUAUCAUCGUCAUCUUGUCCUUCUUCUCCUCUUGAUUCUCUAAGAUCAAUGAACUCCUACAAGUCUUCGAGUUUCAGAUAUCAUCAUGAAGAUGAGCUUGGGCAAAGAAUAGAAAAAGAAGCAGCUGAAGCCAAACAUAACAAGCUAACAUGCAUAAGAUCUUGUAGAUGUGGUGGAGCAAAGAUGGAGGAGCAUAGGAGCAUGCAGCUUCAGAGAUGGGAACUAUUGGAAGAGGUGUACAAGAGAAGGAUGUUCAACACGGUUGCUACCAUGGAGGGCAUUGGAUUUCAACAUCCAGAUGGAGGUGGACAUCAUUGUGGCCGUUGA